CACCAUGAAGUUCAACCCUUUCGUUACCUCGGACCGCAGCAAGAACCGAAAACGCCACUUCAAUGCCCCUUCGCAUGUGCGCAGGAAGAUCAUGUCCUCCCCUCUGUCCAAAGAGCUGCGGCAGAAGUACAACGUGCGCUCCAUGCCCAUCCGCAAGGAUGACGAGGUGCAGGUGGUGCGAGGACAUUACAAAGGUCAGCAGAUUGGCAAGGUAGUCCAGGUGUACAGAAAGAAGUAUGUCAUCUACAUCGAAAGAGUGCAGCGUGAGAAGGCUAAUGGUACCACAGUGCAUGUGGGCAUUCACCCAAGCAAGGUGGUUAUUACCAGGCUGAAAUUGGAUAAAGAUCGGAAAAAAAUUCUUGAACGUAAAGCUAAGUCUCGGCAAGUUGGAAAAGAGAAAGGCAAAUACAAGGAAGAACUAAUUGAGAAAAUGCAGGAGUGAAUGCAACCUGAGGAGCAACUGCAGUUUAAC